AUGGAUUAUGACAAUGCAGGGAAACAUAGAAAGUUACAACUUAAUAAGCUAGAGGAUAUACGUAAUGAUGCUUAUGAGAGUGCUCGAAUUUACAAAGAGAAGACUAAACUUUUCCAUGACAAGAUGCUUUCUAGAAAGAGUUUUGUUGUGGGACAAAAAGUCCUUUUAUUUAAUUCUCGUUUUAAAUCAUUUCCUGUUGAAGUUACUAGUCUCACAAAACGGACAAUUUUCAAAGUAAACGGCCAUAGAUUAAAGCCAUAUUACGAAAACUUUCCUACGGAGAAUGUGGACGUGAUUGAGCUUCGUGAUUUACUCCUUCUGGAGGAGUAG